AUGUUUCAGGAUCUUCCAGUUGAGUUGAUUCAGCUCGUGCUUCGGGAGUGUGAUACAACAUCGUUCAUACAAGCAGCCAAAUGCAGUCGCUUUAUGAGAAAAAUCGCAACCAGCAGCCAUGAUUUGAUUUUGCAUCAGCUUAAUAAAACAGCUGGUGACAAAAGCUAUCUUCAUCCAUCUUUCCUUACUUCUGAUCUGGUUUCUAUAUUUAUGGACCGUGCCAGAGAAGACCUGUGUGGAGCGGAGUUUAACUCUAGCUACGAAUACAUCAGAUUCGAUGCCACGAAUCUAUCCAUUGACAGCCGUUCAUCAGAGGCUCUAGUGGUCAAUAGCCGCGCGUCGAAUCUUGUGAUAAACCCCUUCCGCACAGUUUCCGAGGAAAUUUUGUUGACUUUCAAGGACCACCCAACGGUAUACCUCUUCAGAUUGGCAAAUGGACUGCGUCAAUUUUCUUGUCGGUUGCCAACCCCUGGCAGACAAUUUGGCACUGUCGAAAUUCUUCACACGUCAUUUCAACACGAAGGGAUUUAUGUAUUGUACCAGUUGCGGCCCUUCAUAGAUCAGCAGCUUGAUCUCGAUCAUACCUUCGUCAAGCAUGCAAUGAAGUUUAACCCAAAUGGAGGCAUCUUUUUGGCAUAUCAUAGAUUUGAACUUCAGGGGACUCAUGAUGGCGAAAGGAGGUUGCAAGCGACUCAUAUUUAUGGAUUUCCACAACAACUUGAACAUGAACCUCUAGCAUUUACUGCUUUCAAAGAUCAGAAGUUUGCCAUCUCCUGGCAACAUUCAAGCCAUCCUCAAGAUCAUCAAGUCAUUCUUUACUCUAUGUCUUUCGAGAAUGUAAAUGAUGAGGAUGAUGAGGAGGAUGACGAUGAUGAUGAUGAUGAUGAUGAUGAUGAUGAUGAUGAUGAUGAUGAUGAUGAAGAGGAAGACAAGGAUGAUGAGGAUGAUAUGGAUAGCCACGAAAGUACCCCUUGGUAUUUGGACGACGAGGAAGAACAUCAGAUGUGGAUUGAUGCUACCGAGAACUAUGAUGAGACUGCUCGCCUCAUCGUAUCAAAAUACGACUCUUUUAUUCUGCAGGACUGCUUUGUUCCUCGCGCUGACGACAUGGACGUCGAUGACCAGGACAAUUCUGACGAGUACAUCUCUCACCAACCAGGACCUCCAGUCAAACUGAAAUUCAAUGACCGUGGACGCCAGCUAUUGUAUUCCCACAGAGGCCGUUCUCUCUACAGCUCCUACCAGAUACUUCCCAGAGAGCUCCUACGUAAUCCUCGAGCAACACCAGCCAUCAAACCGAACAAAUGCAUUGUUCAGUUCUCUGAAGAACACCUACUGGAAUUUUCGAUUGGAAUUCCCUUCUAUUAUACGCAUAAUACUGGCAGAACUCCCGGAUCUCGAUGCCACUGGGAAUAUCUUGCCGUUGGAAUUGCGAAGCAUAGGGUCGAGGAUUGGACCGUGGCAUGCAUCUUGAAGUCCGAGGCCUCUCCUCGAGCCACGCAUUGUACCCAUUUGGAUAAUAUUGAAAGGGGUAGACGAUUGAACAAUUGGACGGUCCAAUUCCAGCUGGGAGGGUUUCGUGAGUCAAUUACUUCCUCUGGGUCCAUAAUUGCCUGCUCGGAGGCGGGAACCCGAAUUGCGAUUGCCAGUUGGAAGACCGUGACCAUCUGGGCUCUGGACCAGAAUUAUCUCGGAAAUUCUUCAAGUUUGAAAGAGCCUUCUUCAUCAUAUCAGGAUUCAUGGGAAACAGCUGAUGGUCAUGUCGAGCUACGCCCCGUCGUUAUUCACCUUGAUGCCGUAUGCUCCCAACUGUUUUUUAUGGACGACGAGUACAGUCUCAGAAAUGAGAAUGAGUUAAUUGCUAUAACUGAUCGGGGUGUCAUGCUCUUGCAUUUGAACGCGGAUACCGACAUCAAAGAUCCUAUACAGAUUGAUGACUCUGCUCAAGGCCGUCAGCUGUAA